UGACGUCAGCGGAUAGACUCCGCCCAGUUGUUUUUGUUCCGCCGAGAGACCCCAGCCAUCUGUUUUCAACCUAAAUAUGAUGUGAUAAAGCCUAUAAGCUACUUUUUGUUUUUCUUUUUUAAAAUUGGACACAUUAAUUUAGCUGAACUCGGUUUCACCUCAGAGUUUGAGACUGAAAGCUCAGAGCGGAAGUCAUGUUAGCUCCAGCUGAUUCUCUCCGGAGAUGAUCCAAUUCUGUGGAUUUCGGUGACCAAAGAUGGAUCUCCGUGAAGCCGAACCCACACUGAAAGCCUACCUUGACCAGGAUGUCCUCUACUCCCGUGGAAGUGGACGCUGCCGUUGUGCUGCUGGGGGCGAGUGUUACUGCCAUCACACACCCGCUCCUGUACGUCAAACUGCUAAUUCAGGUGGGACACGAACCUCUUCCUCCAGCUGCUGGGACAACAAUGUUUGGAAGACCAGUUCUAUACCUGCCUGGUUUCUUUAGCUAUGCUCAGUAUAUUCUCAAAGUGGAUGGCAAGCUGGGACUCUUCCGGGGCCUCUCACCUCGUAUAGUAUCCAGCACCAUCUCUACUGUGGUCAGGGGCAAAAUUAAACGGAGGGAGCUCCAGUCCAAGAAAGAUGAGCACCAGAAUUCCUUUAGGAAAUUGGUCCAAGAGACGUCACAUGAGAUGAUCUUUCAGUGCCUGUCCAAAGUGGCCACCCAUCCUUUUCACGUCAUGUCAGUGCGCUGCAUGGCCCAGUUCGUUGGCAGAGAGACCAAGUACAGUGGUGUAUUCAGUUGUAUCAUGAAGAUAUUUAAGGAGGAAGGAUUGUCUGGAUUUUAUAUUGGUUUUGUCCCACAUGUGCUGGGCGAAGUCCUUUUCCUGUGGUGCUGUAACCUGCUGGCCUACUUCAUCAACACCUAUGCUGUAGACGACAGCUUCAGUCAGGCAUCAACAAUAAGAAGCUACACAAAGUUUGUGAUGGGCAUUACACUGAGCGUUCUGACUUACCCCUUCACGCUGGUUGCUGAUGUAAUGGCCGUCAACAACUGUGGUCUGGCUGCAGGUCUUCCUCCUCGGUUUCCCGUCUUUAAAUCCUGGCUGCACUGCUGGAAUCAUCUGAGUACCGAGGGUCAACUCUUCAGAGGCUCCAGGCUCUUUUUCCGUCGUGCGCCCCUGACUCUACCACCUUCUGUCGAAGAUUAACGUAGUCAUCACUUGCUAGGAUGAAACUGGAAGAGAUCUCACCCCCGAACUAUGUUCCAGAUCAAGUAGAAGAGGCAGCGCUGUUCAUGGUCCAUCAGGGGCUUUAUGCAUAAAAGACUGUGCAGUUUUCACACUAAAACUUGAAAAACGUAGAAAUGUGCGGCGCACAAAAAUAAAAUCAGAUGCAUAAAGCCGUGCACACGCACGUGGCCGCACACCUUUUCUUUAUAAAUCCUAAUUUGUGGUAAAUAGAGAGCAGCUGCUGGUCUGCCCUCAGGGCCGGCCCAAGCCUCCAUGGCGCCCUAAGCAAAAUUUGGUUUUGGGGCCCUCUAGUUCUGCUAACAAUGUGGACUGGCUGCAAUCAACAGUCUGAAUAUUAGAUCAUUAACACACCUGCUAUAAACUUACUGCAUCUCUGACAGGGAUGUUUUCAUUAUAUUCUAUAUGCACGUGUAUACAUAUAUAGGAUACAUUUAUCGGCGCCGAUUUCCUUAACUUUGGGGGAUUGGUGAUUGGCCGAUACUUUCAUGAAGCCCAUCUUAUCCCCUGAUCUCAUCUUUGUCAGCAAUGUUUUAAAAAUCAGUCUCUGUCCUCUCCUGCUCUGCAG